AUGACUGAUUUGGGCUGCAAGAAGCAUAGUGACUGCACCAUCUCCAGACUGCUCAAUGUGGUGGAGAAUGAGCUGCAAGCUGGAAGAGACAAAGGGGACCCCACUGAGAAACAACUUCAGGUGGUUUUGGAGGAUGCUGCUCUAUGGCAAAGGUUCAAAGAAGUGAUGAAUGAGAUGAUUGUCACCAAGAAUGGCAGACGGAUGUUCCCCGUUUUAAAGAUUAGUGUUUCGGGCUUGGAUCCGAAUGCCAUGUAUUCUUUCCUGCUGGACUUCGCUCCAACGGACAGCCACCGCUGGAAGUAUGUGAAUGGAGAAUGGGUGCCGGCUGGGAAGCCAGAGCCAUCGAACCACAGCUGUGUCUACAUCCACCCAGACUCUCCAAACUUUGGAGCCCACUGGAUGAAAGCCCCUGUAUCUUUUAGCAAAGUGAAACUUACCAACAAGCUGAAUGGGAAUGGGCCGAUAAUGCUGAAUUCUUUACAUAAAUAUGAGCCUCAGGUUCAUAUUGUCCGUGUCGGAGGCCCACACAGGAUGGUAAUGAAUUGUUCCUUUCCUGAAACUCAGUUCAUAGCCGUGACUGCAUAUCAAAAUGAAGAGAUAACAGCCCUCAAAAUCAAGUACAAUCCCUUUGCCAAAGCCUUUCUGGAUGCAAAAGAAAGAAACCAUACGAAGGAUUUUCCAGAUACUGCCUCUGAAAGUCAGCACAUGACAUAUUCUCACUCAUCACAUUCUCAUCACAGCUGUGAACACUAUUCAGCCGCCCUCCGAGGACACAGAGCAGUACCGUAUCCUGCCUCUUACAUGCAGAGAAAUCACUCCCCAUCAGUGAAUUUGAUAGAGAGCACCAACAGUGAUCUUCAAGUAUCCCCAGGCCAAGAAGGCUGGACUUCGGUUCCAUCCAGUCCCCAUGCCAACUUGCUCCCAGUGUCGCACAAUAAUGGUACUGCUACCCCAGGACCUAGCCACUAUCCAUGCCUGUGGACAGUCAGCAACAAUGCUGUUAAUAUUACCAACCUUGCCAGUGACGUAAACAGCAGCCCCCCAGGCACAUUCCUGCGCAACAUCCCAUUGCCUGCCACAUCCUCAUCUGCUCCAGUUCCUCUGACAGGAACAGUUUCCAGCAGCAUUGAAAUACAAUUGGAGCCUGCUGUUCCCAGACUAACAGAUUCCACAUGGGCAUCUGUAGCUUCCCAUUCUUUUUAA